AUGCCGUCGUCUGUGCAAGUGCUGAAAAGUUCCGAAAACGUUCUCAAAGAGAAUGACAAGAUUGUGCGCAACAUUGCUCAGUUUUGCCGGUGAGUCGAGCGUCUUGCAUAUUUGCACAAUUUGAACUUCAGGACACUCAAUCGAAAGUUUGAAGAUCCCGAGUUUCCGGCUGGCAAUCAAUCUAUCGGAGUGGUUUAUCACCGUCAACCGGACGGAGAGUAUAGGCUGGAUCUGCCGGAAAAUGUCGCCUGGUUUCGACCGGAGAACAUUGUAACCUCCGGCCUCAUGGAUCAUCUCUUAGAAUGGGACAGCUGGCGAGACCCCCAUCCCUCACAAGUGCAUCAAGGCAUUCUCGGAGAUUGUUGGCUCAUCGCCACGUUCAAAUCAUUGUGCGCCCAAAAAGAGCUGUUUGAGAAGAUUCUUCCGAAGCGUCAAGAGUUUGCCGAACUCGGUAUUUAUCAGGUCAGAUUGUGUGUGGACGGAGAGUGGAAGAUGUUCAUCGUCGAUGAUUUCUUCCCGUGCAGCUCCGAACGACGCGAGCUUUACGCACAUUGUACACAUAAGAUGUUGUGGGUGCUCAUACUGGAGAAGGCGUUUGCGAAGAUGACGGGAAACUACGGACGGCUUCAUGGAGGACUGUCAAAGUUUGCGUUUGAGGUGUUCACUGGUGCCGUCACUAUUGUGAGAGAUGAUUUGGAAACGAAGAGUGCGAAAGAGCAAGAUGAGCUGUGGAAGGAGAUGGCUGAGUCGUAGUGAGUCUAUUAGCGAUCGGUGUGUUAACCGAACAGCGGCACGGUCUCCAGAGCUGACAAUAUGAGCGUGGCCUCGGCCAAAUGGCGUUUUCAUGAAUUGAGCAGGUUUUCUCUGAUUUUUGUGGUCAACGGCGAUAAAAAAUGAUUUUUCAACAUGAAAACACACUAAUUCUCACAGAAUUAAUGACGUUUUGGCGCAUUUUUCGCUGACUUUGCUUUUUCGCCUUCGCCGCCGAUAGCCGCCUAAAAACCGCACUUCUCAUUUUGCGCUUUCUUGACCGUUUCCAGACAGAGCUGGUUUUGAGAAUGAUAAAUCACGUAAAUACAAGCAUUUUGAGCGCUCGAACCGCGAAAAUUACCGAAAAGCAACUGAAAAUCACGCAGUUUUAGCCAAAAACCUUCAAACGGAUAAAUGUGAUUUGCGACUUGACCAAAUUUAACGCUCUUGCGCUUAAAAAAUUCGUAAUAGCCUAUACAAUCGGUCUAUCGAGAGACAAAUCGGAAAUUAUCGGGUUUUGUGUGGCUAAUCUGGCAAAAAACACAAAUUUGGCUGUUAAAAUUUGAAUUUCACGCCAAUGUAUCGCUCUAUUGGGCGGGGCGCACUUGCGCCCAUUGUCAGCUCUGGAAACCGUGAGCGGGGCAAUUUUAGGGUAUGGAUUUGCCAGAAUCAAAAUUGUAUGUUUUUCCAGCGCGCAAGGUUUCAUGAUGACAGCCAGUUCGCCCACUGAUGUUGCCCUUCGAGAAAAGUAUGAUGAUGUGGGCCUCGCGCAAGAUCAUUCGUACUCGGUGUUGGGUGUCACGUAUCACAAUGAGUACCGCCUAGUGAAAAUAGGGAAUACGCACAAAAGCAAGGGAUGGAACGGCAAGUGCUCCGACUGGGGAAAGCACAAGGAUAAAGGUAAGACGGAGCGAGUGUGUCGAGUUGUUUCAACGAUUCGUUCAGAAUUGUCGAAGGAGACUCUGAUGAAGUUGGGGCUUUGGACGAAAGGAGACUUCACGAUGGCUCUAGAGGACUUUUGUCAGUGGUUCAAACAUCUCACAAUUUGCAUGUAUCGAGAAGGGUAUGAAGAGUUUCGGUUCAAUCAAGUGCUCGACACGAACGAUGAGGUCAAUUCAAAGUGAGCGUACAAUAUAAGCGAAGAGAUUGUGUUUGUAUUCGUCUUUCAAAGUUGUCUAAGUGUCAUUGUAUUUUUUCCAUUUCAGAGUGCUCCGCGUUAACGUUGACAAACGAUGCAAAGUGUGUGUCGACUUUAAGGUGACAGAACCAAGUGAUCUCAAAUUUUUGUUCUUUAUCAACAUUCACCACGUGACGCCCGAUGACCAUGUGGGCGAGCUCGUUCAAACCGCUUGUGUGGAAGGCUGUGAGCUCAGUACGGAGCCUAUUCACCUAGAACCAGGCGCGUACUUUGUGUUGUUUGUGCCCAACUCCAGCCUGACGAUCUAUGGACUCAGAUGGGUUAUUCGCAGGUAAAUAUGUGAUAGAUUUGGGAAUUAUCCUGUGAUUCUACUUGGACGUUUUUCUUAAGACCUCCUGACGAAUAACGUUCAUGUCACAACUGCAAUGGUUUCAGUGAAACUCCGAUCGACUGCUCGUUUGUUCGCCUGAACUACACUAAGAUGACGUGUGAUGCAUUGCAACAAAUGGUUCUGAAAGAGGGAAGAGUCGAAGAGAAACGCGACGAUGGAGUGAUCAUCCGCACCUUCUUCAACAAGCGAAUCGUCGUGAUGAUGGCCGAGAACAAUCGGAAAUGGCACCACAUCCGCUUCAAAGUGGACGCGUCCGAAUCGAAAAAUUUGCGAAAAUUCGGAGCGGUCGAUGAUGACUAUUGGAGUUUGCCGCCCAAAGCUCGACGCAUCAUGGCCUUUCUACAACAAGAGGAUGAUAAAGAAGAGCCCAAGGCGCAUCUCACAGUUGAUGUGAGUUGGAAAACGAGAAGACAUUCUCUGUUUCUGAAACUCUCUCACCUCCUUUUCAGUACUCGUUUCUCUACUUUACGGCACUUCCGUUCUGCCGUUCACUCAUCUAUCCGGAGCCCGACGAUCAUUUUUAUCAGACCACGCCCAUCACCAACUGA